AUAUCAUUACGGCUCUUCGCUUAAACUUCGCGACAUUCGUUUCGUGGAUGAUGUAAACUGCUUAGAUAUUACAGCCUCAGCCGAACGAGAUACCCACAGAUUCUCAUUUCAUCAUGGAGGAAGAUUCUAUAGAUGUGCUGGAUUUGUUUCUCGCCAGUGAGGAAACAGAUCUUCCUUUAAGCACUCCGUGGGUUGUUGAAAACGUUUCACCUGGGAAGAAAUCCAGUACGAUGGCCGACGAAGAUAGCAAUCGUGAUAUUCAAGAUCUUUUCGACGGGGAGACCAACCAAGAAGUAAAUCAGGACGAUGAUUACGCGACCUCAGAGUCGUCAGAUGAUGAAUCAACCCCUGAAGAUGUUAGAAAAUUAACUGACGAGGAAAUUGCGAGCAUGCGGGUGCGGGAAUUGAACAGGUUGCUGCGAAAUGUCCCUGGGAACGAGGCCAUGAAGAUAAGAAAGCGAAGACGCAACUUAAAGAACCGAGGUUACGCCGUCACUUGCCGUCUUCGAAAACAACAAGAACACGAAGAUCUGAUCAACGAGAACACCUCGUUGAGGAAACAAGUGGAUGAUGGAAGAUGGACAUUGCUGAGAGUUUCGAAAGAGAAAGAGGCCUUCCAGAAAAAAUAUAUUGAGUUACAACAGACCUUCACGCUGUUCAAACAGAGAAUGGAAGCCCCGAAAAAAGAUGCCUGAUUUUGCUGAUAAAACUCAGCCUUUGCAUUGCAAAGAUGUACUGUAUGUGAUUUACUUUCACCUUAUUCAAUAUUGGGCUCCUUUUUUGUCACAAUUAUAUGUAUUUCAUGAUACCAACCUUCGCAGAAAAAUCAUACAUAUGCAUAGCCACAUAGAAAUCUUGACAGUUCAGGGAAAUUGGAAUUUGAAGAAGCAGGAAAAUUCGCUGCUGCUGAAGAAGUAAUGAAAAUAAUAUGAUUUAUAAGAAGACUAUAUAAAGACAUUUCUGUAAAAGUGCGUGUGAAAUGCAUAUAUAGUAUAUGAGACUCCAGCGAUUGAAAUAAAGCUGAUGUUGAAUUAAACAGUGGAAUAUUUAAAGAAUGGAAACAAGACAGUUAUAACAAGUUCAAAAAUGAAAAAUUAAACUUAAAAGAAAAUUUUCCCCGCUA